UGAUCGUCGAACGAUCACCUUUGGGUGCCGUCUAUUAUUUUAAAGCCGGGCAGGCUGCACCCACAGUGAAAAGGUUUACUAGUGAACCUGACAGCGGGGCAAAUGUCUUCACAAAGCUGAGUUCUUGAUGUUUUUGUUGUCCGUGACGAGCGCCGAUGUUUGUUGCCUCGCUCGCGCUUCUUUUUGCGGAACGUUACUGUCGUGACUCUUUUAAUUCACGGCGUUUUCAAACUUUGGUAGAAAUGAAGCUGCAGUGUGAUGUCGAAAUUGUGAAUCGAAUGCUUCCGACGUGUGGGAUGAGAAAUCGAGGAAAGGGGACGAGAGCGAUGCUUUCCAUCGGGAAACAUUUGGACAAGACGAGUGAACGCAAUAAUAUUUAUUUAAUGAUCUGCACAGCCAAAGACAGAACAGGCUCCAAGUACAAGCUAAAAGGCAACAUAGAGAAGUUCUUCACAUGGUUUGUGGAUGAAGGCAAGGCCACCAUGAGAUUAAAGGAACCUGCUGUCGACAUUUGCUUGAGCAAGGUUGAUUCAAAUAGUUUGAAGAACUUUCUCUCUGCCGCUCGUUUGGCAAAUAGCGGCAGCGACUUGAGCAGCCUUCCUCUCUGCACGCUUACUCCUGUUCGCGCCAGGGAUGUCGAGCAACUCAAGAAGAAGCUCGCAAUUGUCUCUAAGAAGGACUACCCCCUCACCUCCAACUUCCCGUACUCUCUGGAGCAGCUCCAAGUCUCCUACUGCAAAUUGUCCCGCAUGGACAUGCGCAUGCUGUCCCUCAAAGCGCUCCGAAAGCUAGACCUGAGCCACAACCACAUCAAGAAGCUUCCUGCCACUAUUGGUGACCUUGGCUGCUUGUCAGAACUCGUCCUCCACAACAACCACUUGGAAAGUUUUAGCGAGGCCCUUUGCCUGUCCACCCUCCAGCAAACCCUCCAGCUCCUCGACCUCAGGCAGAACCGACUGCAGUCCCUCCCCUCUAAGUUCUGUCAACUGCGAGAACUGGUCAAUCUCAAACUGGAUGACAACAGACUCGUUUGUCUGCCAUUCCACAUCGGCCGCCUCUCAAAGCUGAGGUUCCUGUCAGCAGCGCAUAACCAGCUGGCUGUGCUGCCCUGUGACUUCAGAAAACUGAGUCUAGAAAACCUGGACCUGUUUGGAAACCCAUUUGCUGACCCCAACCCACUGGAUCACACCAUCCAGCUAAAGUUCCCUUUGCCACUACAAGAAAUAGCAUCAAGAGCUGUACUUAACUUCAGGAUACCUUAUGGACCUCAUCUCAUCCCUGUGCACAUGUGCUGUGACCUCGAAGUAGCCAAGACCUGUGACUGCGGCAGUGUCUGCGUGAAUUUCUACAUCAGGACAGCAGUCAGCAUGAACUUACACCAGGUGUCUCACACUGUGGUCCUGGUGGACAACAUGGGAGGCACCAACGCACCGGUGCAGCAACACUUCUGCUCCCUGUCGUGUUACUCAGAAUUCUUAGACAGCUCCUUCCACAGAGGACUCAGAUAAGAAGGAGGAGGAGCAGAAAACCAGUUUGGCACUCUAGCUGUUGUUUUUACAUUAACGCAGUUGCUUAGUUGGAAUUGAGUGUUACUUUUUUCCACCCCUUCACGGAAUGUCUGUGUGAAAUGAGAUAACAGACUAUAUUGAACUUUAGUUUUAAAACGGCAUCUUUUUUUUUAUGCUUUAACUUUUAGUGGGAUUUCCACAUAUCUUCGUGCAUGUUUUAUCUGCAGAUAAGUGACACUGACAGUAAGCGUAGCAGGUCUCAUACAGUGGUUUUGUGUUCUUUCUGACCCAAUACAGCAAACUGUAGCUUGUUCUACUGACCUAUUUCUCCUCCUCCAGGGACUAGAGACAGUGUUUGGUUUUUCCUCAGCACAGUGCCUCAGCAACCAUCAAGUUAGGUACAAGGAGUUUGGUUUUACUAUGCAAGUGAUUGUAAUUUUUUUUUU